AUGGAUACCUUUGAUUCUGACGAGACACAAGAUGGUAAAGCUGAUGAAACAAAUUUUUAUAAUGAGGAGAAUCUUGAGAACACAGCAUCUCUUAUAUAUACACAAGGACGUGAGCGUGGAAAGUGGGUGGUUAAUGUAAUAAGUUCAGAUGGAACUGUAACAGUGGAACAUCUUACAGCACAAGAUGUAUGGGGAAUGGAUAAUCGUAGAGUCAUUCUUGAUAUCGGUCCACAUAACCAACCUGAAGAUGGAAGUGGAGGUAUAUUUGGUACAUGGCUUGGCAUGUUAAGUACUGAUUUGAACAAAUUUCCUAUAAAUUAUGUGGACUGGAGGAAGAUACAAUCAUGGCGAAAGGAUGAUGUUUGGGAUUUCAUUCAGUCCAAGUUUUUCUUUGAUGCUUCUAAUGAGAACUUUAAGAAGUAUGUGAUGAAAAGUUUGAGCCAAAAGUGCAGAGGUCACAAAACUCGACUAUGGAAAUCUUGUCAUCGUAACACUCCUGAAGAAACUAUAGAGGCUCGGCGAGAGUUUAUUCCAAAGGAACAGUGGCAAGAUUUUGUUCAUCAACAGUUUGGUGACAAAGCUAAGGAACAAUUAACGGAGAAGAUGACUGAAAAUGCACCAAACACAAGUGGAAAUAAUACUUCAGCAAGUUCAAAUGAUGCAUUCUUACAAGUAUUUGGUGCUGAAUGUCCUGGUCGUGUUCGUUGUGUUGGUCUUGGUCCUACUCCUUCUUCAUUUUUUCAUAAACGCACCAUCCCAGCAUCCAAUGAAUCAGAAGUUAUUAGCUUGAGGAAUCGAGUUCAUGAAUUAGAAGAAAAAUUGGUGAGGAUGAAUGAUUUAGAAGACAAGGUGGAGAAGAUGAAUGAUAUUAUUUGUCGUUUUGCUACCUCAAGUACUUCCAAUGAUGAAAGGGACUAG